CUCAGACUGCUCAGCGCUCCACGUCCUCAGCACCAGCCGCUUGGCUUCCUGCUCGUCUGGCUCACUAUGUCCACAUCCACCAGCCGCCCGAUCCCCGGAGGCCGGGACGGGCUGCCUGACUGCUACAGCAGCACGCCGGGGGGCACGCUAUACGCCACGACCCCGGGAGGCACCAGGAUCAUCUACGACCGAAAGUUCCUGUUGGAAUGCAAGAACUCACCCAUUGCCCGGACACCCCCCUGCUGCCUCCCUCAGAUUCCCGGGGUCACAACUCUUCCAACAGCCCCAUCCUCCAAGCUAGAGGAGCUGAAGGGGCAGAAGGAGACAGAGGAAGAGAUACCCGAUGAUGCACAGUUUGAGAUGGACAUCUAAUCCAGUGCAGAUGGCCGUGUGUGGAGUCGGAAGAACCCCUCAUGCUGCUGCCGCUACCUCCUUUCUUCCGGGGUAUCCAGAGGCCAGAUGGCCUCAUCUCAUCCGGAAGGGGGUGACUUCUUGGUUCUGGGCCUCCCUUAGUUCUGAGGCAGCUAGACUAGGGAUGAGGAGUGGGCAACCUGCCAGGCCCUUAGCUCAACUUUCUCUUUGGUCUGUAGGCUCUCAUCCUAACCUCUGGCCCUUGGCUCAGGCUGGGACUGGGGGGUGGAGAAUGUCACUUUCUGACUGCUUAGUAAACAUUCAAAGAAA